GCCAUAUCUCUCACACUGCGUCUCUGUGACUUGCAAAUCCCGAAGCGUUUGAGCUCCAAUCUAGAGAGAGACCGCAUCUCUGCAAGACUGUAAGUCUAUAACUAGCAACGAUUUCGUUUCUUCUGUUGUGAAAGAAGAGAGAGAGAGGAGUGUUCAUCUUGCUAUUGCGAAAUAUCUGGAAAUUCAAAGCUCACAGGCUUGAGAGAGAUGGAGGAGGUUUCAACGGGUGCUCUGGUGCCUUUAGUGAAGCCAGUGAUGACUCCCUCAACCUCCGUAGCUCCGACUGAGGCCGCCGGAUCGGCAGAUGAAGAGACGGCGGAAGAGGUUGGGGUCUCCAACAUGGAUAAAGACUGGCUCUGCCCUAUUUGCAUGCAAAUAAUCAAGGAUGCGUUUCUCACGGCUUGUGGUCACAGUUUCUGUUACAUGUGUAUCAUCACUCACCUUCAGAACAAGAGCGAUUGUCCUUGUUGUGGCGUUUACCUCACUAAUAAUCAGAUUUUCCCUAAUCGUCUUCUCGAUAAGCUAUUGAAGAAAACUUCUGCUCAGCAAAUAUCAAAAACCGCAUCUCCUGUGGAACAAUUUCAUCAUUCAUUAGAACAGGGAUGUGAAGUGUCAGUUAAGGAGCUAGACACCUUAUUAUCUGUACUUACCGAGAAGAAAAGGAAAAUGGAGCAAGAUGAAGCAGAGAGAAAUAUGAAAAUUCUGAUGGAGUUCUUAAAUAGUUUAAAGAUGCAAAAAGUUGAUGAGCUAAAUGAGACACAAAAUGAUCUCCAGUAUGUCAAGGAGGACAUAAAUGUUGUAGAGAGACAUAGAAUAGAGUUGUACCGGGUGAGGGACAGGUACUCAGUAAAACUGCGGAUGCAUGUAGAUGAUCCUAUGGCAACAAAACCAAGGACUUCAUUAGUUGGUAAGAGCAGCAGUGGUCUUGUCUCCAGUUCUCGGAAAAUACAAGGAGGGAUGGCUUCAGGAAAUUUGCAAAAUAAGCAAUUAGAUGGAAGGGGUCAAGCAAGCUCUCAAAGCCUCCACAGAAAGGAUGCCUUGACUGGGUUGGAUUCACAAUGCAUUAAUCAACCGGGGGUGGCUGUAGUAAGAAAAAAACGCAUCCAUUCUCAGUUCAAUGACCUCCAACAGUGUUACCUGCAAAAGCGACGGCAGCUGGUGAACAAACCACAUAAGCAGGAUGAAAGGAAUACCAAUGUUAUACACAGGGAGGGUUAUAGUGCAGGUCUUGCAGAUUUUCAAUCUGUGUUGACCACCUUCUCACAGUACAGUCGACUGAAGGUCAUUGCUGAACUCAGGCAUGGGGAUCUUUUUCACUCCGCCAAUAUUGUAUCAAGCAUAGAAUUUGACUGUGAUGAUGAGUUGUUUGCUACUGCUGGAGUUUCAAGGCGCAUAAAGGUUUUCGACUUCUCUUCGGUUGUGAAUGAACGUGCAGAAGUGCACUGUCCUGUUGUGGAGAUGUCCACUCGAUCCAAACUUAGUUGCUUGAGUUGGAACAAGUGUACUAAGAAUCAUAUAGCUAGUAGUGAUUAUGAGGGAAUAGUAACUGUCUGGGAUGUAAAUACUCGACAGAGUGUGAUGGAAUAUGAAGAGCAUGAAAAACGGGCAUGGAGUGUUGAUUUUUCACGCACAGAACCCUCAAGGCUUGUAUCUGGCAGUGAUGAUUGUAAGGUCAAAGUUUGGUGCACAAACCAGGAGGCUAGCGUUCUUAACAUUGACAUGAAAGCAAAUAUAUGUUGUGUCAAGUAUAAUCCUGGAUCUAGCAUUUAUAUUGCGGUUGGUUCUGCAGACCAUCACAUCCACUAUUAUGAUUUGAGAAACACCAGCCAUCCACUUCAUAUCUUUAGUGGGCAUAAGAAAGCUGUUUCAUAUGUGAAAUUCUUGUCAAACAAUGAGCUCGCUUCUGCUUCUACAGACAGCACAUUGAGGUUGUGGGAUGUGAAGGAAAAUUUGCCAGUUCGCACCUUCAGAGGACACACUAAUGAGAAGAACUUCGUGGGCCUCUCUGUAAACAGUGAAUAUAUUUCUUGUGGCAGUGAAACAAACGACGUCUUUGUCUACCAUAAGGAAAUUUCCAAACCUGUAACAUGGCAUAAAUUUGGUUCACCAGAUGUAGAUGAUCUGGAUGAUGAUGUAGGACCUUACUUCAUCAGUGCUGUGUGCUGGAAGAGUGAUAGCCCUACAAUGUUGACUGCUAACAGCCAAGGAACAAUCAAAGUGUUAACGCUCUCUGCUUGAAUUAUGAAAUUCUCAGAAAAAUGAGAAAAUGAAAUAAGCAAAGAAAUCAAACGGGAAUCAUCCAUGGCCACAUUGUUCAACUUGAUGGUUGUUAUUCUGUAUAUAUUAUUGAAGUUCCCAAAUUGGUAGGUUUUGUUUGGACUGAAAAGACAUUAUUCUGUAAAUUUCACUAUUCACGAACAGAUACAUAUAUGAAUACAAGCAUUCAUGAAACUGAAGUUUUCAGAUGUUUAA